GCUGGACGCCUCCAACGCCUGACUGCACUGCAUCAAGAGUUGUUGACCCGCCAUCGGCCUCAUCGCCCGUCCACGAAAGAUGCAGUCCAUGUCGGUGGUCGCCAGUAGCCAGGCUGCUGCCGUGUCUCAGCGCCUCGCGUCUUCCAAGAAGCUGAGCCCCGCGAUCAGCCGGCCGGCCGCUGCCCGCAAGGCAGUGCGGGUCAGGGCGGAGGGUGAGGCAGCAGCACCUGGGCUGGAGACCAAGGGGCAGAACUUCGAGGCCCUGAAGGACAUCCAGGAGAUCAUGAACAUCCUACCGCACAGGUAUCCCUUCCUGCUGGUGGACCGCGUGCUGGAGUGGGAGUAUGGCAAGUAUGCGGUGGGCUACAAACUGGUCUCCAUGAAUGAAAACUUCUUCUGCGGCCACUUCCCGCAGCGGGCCAUCAUGCCAGGCGUGUUGCAAGUGGAGGCGCUGGCCCAGUUGGGCGGCAUUGUGAUGAUCGACCCCACUGAUGCCGCGCAGCAGAACAAUUUCUUCUUUGGCGGCGUGGACAACUGCCGCUGGCGCAAGCCCGUGGUGCCCGGGGACGUGCUGAUGAUGCGCUGCGAUGUGUCCAAGUUCAACAAGAAGUUUGGCAUCUGCAAGAUGACCGCUAAGGCAUUCGUGGGCGAGGACUUGGUCUGCGAGGCGGAACUCACCCUUGUCAUGGGAAAGUGAGCCAGCACGUGUAUGGCCCCAGUCUGGAGGCCGCCGUGUUCAGACACUGAGAGAAAGCCCGCCAGCGCUGUUGGUGCAUGAAAAGGGCGCACUGUAUCCCAUGCCACCCCCGUUGCUUCCUUUGUUGUGUCUACAGACGUAUAUGCAACUACUGUUUCCCAUAGUUGCAUGUUUUUCAGCACUGUAUAGCAGCAUCAUUUGAGAGUUCAUUCAUUCCACAUUGUGAGCAAAAUGCAC